AUGGUGGGUGAUAUGAUCGGUGCAUUCCAGGCGGAGUAUGAGGAGGCGAUGCUCAACGAGGAGGCGGAGCCAAGACGGCCGCGACGCCGCCGAGAGUUCAUCAGGCGUGAUCGUCUGGGUGCCCACGAUCGGCUCUUCGAGGACUACUUCGCCGACGACUAUGUCGAGUGUGCCUUUGGAGUGCUGAAGGCUAGGUUCAACAUUCUAGCAGUUUCGGGACGCUCCUACUCGAGGCGUACUCUUGGGUUGAUCAUUCGUGCAUGUGUCAUUCUGCACAACAUGAUCAUCGACGAUGAGCGUGAUACAAAUUUGGAGAACAUCUAUGAGACAGUUGAUUCCAAUGUCGGUCCUGCGAUACACAACCAUGCACCACCAAGCCUAGCAGCCAAGAUUCAGAUGGACAACGAAAUGAGGGACUCACCGAUGUAUACACAGCUCCAGCAUGAUUUGAUUGAGCAUGUGUGGGCUAAUGCCUAG